AUGGGUUCGAUGGAAGGAUGGCUGGUCGACGCGGUGGGCCUCGCAAAACCCGGAUGGAACACGAGUGACGAUAUCAGCCAACCUUUCGGAUGCACGAUGCACCUGCUGGAGUCUUUUUUCUUCUUCAACAACCCCGCCCCAACUCCCUGUGGAGGUCGAAGAGGAGAACGGAACGACGCCGCCAAUCCUUCUCAAGGGGAAUGGGUGCCGUGGCCAAACAUGGGACCAAGGACCCGGUCUACUACGCAGUGCUAG